GAGCAUGCAAAACAGAGCAGGCAGCAGCAUCGACACUAGGAGGGAGUCGUGUCCCCGGACUCCGUGACAGUGAGACGCGUUUUUAUUUCCGAGGGAUCUUACACGCACUGGACUGGAGAGAGGCGUCACAAACUUUUUGCACAUUAGUAUGAGUUCAGCCACAAUUCUGGCUUGAUAGGACCUGCAGCCUGCUUGCGAAGCGCAAGUUCGCUGUCACUUUUCUGGAGAAGGACUUAUUAUUAAGUCGUGCGCAAAAGUCGACGAUGGAGAGGCGCAUCCCGAGAUGGUGCGUGUUGUUGACCCUCGUCCUGCACGGGACGCGCAGCUGCAUGGCGGCCAAGGAGCUGCAGUGCCAGGAGAUCUCCGUCCCCCUGUGCAAAGGCAUCGGCUACAACCACACGUACAUGCCCAACCAGUUCAACCACGACACGCAGGACGAAGCGGGGCUGGAGGUGCACCAGUUCUGGCCGCUGGUGGAGAUCAAGUGCUCCCCGGACCUGCGCUUCUUCCUCUGCAGCAUGUACACACCGAUCUGCCUGGAGGACUACAAGAAGCCGCUGCCGCCGUGCAGGAGCGUGUGCGAGCGGGCCAAAGCCGGCUGCGCGCCCCUCAUGAGGCAGUACGGCUUCCCCUGGCCGGACCGCAUGAGGUGCGACCUGCUGCCCGAGCAGGGCGACCAGGACUCGCUGUGCAUGGACUACAACCGCAGCCAGACCACGACCGCGUCCCCGGUGCUGGCCAAGCCCACCAACCGCCCUCUCAAGCCCUACAACAAGAAGAAGAGCCCCUACGGCCGAGGUUUCCCCCCCGGGAAGCACAAACCCGCGGCGGCGUCUCCGUGCGAGACGGGCUGCUUCUGCCGCGCGCCCAUGGUGCCGGUGAGCGGCGACGCGCACCCGCUCCACGGACGCGUAAAGACGGGCCAGAUCCUCAACUGCGCCGUGCCGUGCCACAGCCCUUACUUCAGCCCGGAGGAGAGGACCUUCACCUCCUUCUGGAUCGGGCUGUGGUCCGUGCUGUGCUUCGUCUCCACCUUCACCACCGUGGCCACCUUUCUGAUCGACAUGGAGAGGUUCAAGUACCCGGAGCGGCCCAUCAUCUUCCUCUCCGCCUGCUACAUGUUCGUGUCGGUGGGAUAUAUCGUGAGGCUGAUCGCCGGCCACGAAGAGGUGGCGUGCAGCAGGGCGCACGGCGCAGAGCACAUCCACUACGAGACCACGGGUCCUGCGCUCUGCACCAUCGUUUUCCUGCUCAUAUACUUCUUCGGCAUGGCCAGCUCGAUCUGGUGGGUGAUCCUGUCCCUCACUUGGUUCCUGGCUGCAGGCAUGAAGUGGGGCAACGAGGCCAUCGCCAGCUACUCCCAGUAUUUCCAUUUGGCGGCUUGGCUCAUCCCCAGCAUCAAGUCCAUCGCCGUUUUGGCCCUGAGCUCCGUGGACGGGGACUCCGUGGCCGGGAUUUGCUACGUGGGCAACCAGAAUCUGGAUAACCUGCGGGGGUUCGUGUUGGCACCGCUGGUGAUCUACCUGUUCAUCGGCACCAUGUUCCUCCUGGCCGGGUUCGUGUCCCUGUUCCGGAUACGCAGCGUCAUCAAGCAAGGUGGCACCAAGACGGACAAGCUGGAGAGGCUGAUGAUCCGGAUCGGGGUGUUCACCGUGCUGUACACGGUGCCGGCCACCGUCAUCGUGGCCUGCUACUUCUACGAGCAGCACAACAGGCAGACGUGGGAAAUUACGCACAACUGCACGUGCCUGGAGGGGCCGAGCCGGCAGAGGCCGAACUACGCCGUGUUCAUGCUCAAGUACUUCAUGUGCCUGCUGGUGGGGAUCACCUCGGGGGCCUGGAUCUGGUCCGGGAAGACCCUGGACUCGUGGAGGACGUUCUGCACCCGGUGCUGCUGGGGCAGCAAGCCCUCCGCCGGCUCCAUGUACAGCGACGUGAGCACGGGGCUGACGUGGAGGUCCGGCACGGCCAGCUCCGUGUCCUGCCCCAAGCAGAUGCCCCUGUCCCGGGUCUGAGCAGGGCAAAAACUCUCCAAUGCAUUUUCUGUCAAUUGACACUAAAGACUAUUUAAAAAGAAGAAGAGGAAGCACACUUUUUGGAGACUUAAGCCUGAAUUAUGGUUCUGCGUUAAAUCUGCGUAGGGUACGCCGUAGGCUCUGCGUUGGUUUAUAGUAAUAUAGUAACGCGGAACCAUAAAUCAAGCCUUUAAAGGACUGAGUUGAAUGUUUUUUAUUUGGUAAAUUAUCAUGUGAAUCACCAAAACUGCCGGUGUCGUGGCAAAAAGUGAUUGCCUGCCAGAAUCUGAUUUCUCCCCUGAAAAUGGGUCUUUUUACCUGCCAAAAAAUGAUUGAAGGCCAAAUACAGUUAAUGAAAGGUGGUUUCUACCUAAAUAUGAUUUGAUCUCAUUCUUGAGAUUCAUAAUAUAAACACUAGAGCUCACAUGAUUGCUUUUUAACUCUUUUAAAGGACCAUUACAACACAAAAUAGGCAUUUUCACCUGCCAAAAAUUGAUUGAAGGCCAAAUACAGGUAAUGAAAAGUUGUUUCUGCCUAAAUAUGACUUGAUCUCAUUCUUGAGGUUCAUAAAUUUGAAAAUCUGACGUUUUAGCGCUAUCGUUCAACGGGCUGCUGUGCGCGCUCCCGCGGCCAGAAAUUAUAAAGAAAUCAGAUUCUGGCAGGCAAUCACUUUUUGGCACAACACCGGUUUAAUGCAACUUUGACCCUCGGAAUCCCCCCCAUUUGUGUCCCCUUUUCUUUCUUAUAAAAGUUAUAAAUUAAGUUUAAACUUCGGUGAAGUAAUCCUUAUCCAACUGACAACCAUUGGUUUGAAUAGAGAGAGGGGGGGUAUGUGGAGGAAGGGGAUUGACUAAUUGUGCCGGGAUUGUCCAUCAGCGUGUUGUAAUUAGCACAUUAAUGAGCGCCUAAUGGCUUCUCUUUAAAAAAAAUGAGCCUGUCAGCUGCAGAACAAUGUACCUGGCACUAAGAAUGCAGAGUCUUAUCUGGGCUUAAUUGAAUGCUACAGCUGACAAGACCCCCCCUCCGUCAAUAGGUUACAUGCUAUAGCUGAGGCUCCACUUGUUCUCCCCCUUCUUGCUGUGAAGAACCGCUGUGUCUUAAAACACAAAACUCACAAUGACACCGUCCUGCUUGAGAUGAGGCCAGAGCCGGAGGUGGAUUUAUACCUACAUUAAUCAAUGCCUUAAAACUGUUCAAUACGGGUCGCAUUAGCGCGCAAAAGUGUAUUUAUAUAAUUAUUGGUGUACAUAUAUUGUACAUUUGUAUAUGGAAUUUUACGAGACUGUAAAUAUGUAUAAUUCUCACUUUGAUAGAAGAUUUUAUUUUGAAAAUAAAACACGUUUUAUUGAAUGCU